UCUUUCUCUUUCGCUGUCAUUUCCGGUAUCACCGCUCGCGCAUGCGCAAAGGAGGACCUGGCUAGCUUGAGUGACGGCGACAAGCGACGGCUAAGCGGCCGCGGCUCAGUUUGUAGGUAAACAUGGCGGUGGAGAAGCGCCUGGCGUUUUCUAUCAUACAGUUCCUACGCGAUCAGACGCACGGCGGCACGUUGAAUUCCGAUGAGCAGGAGAGCCUCGAAGUUGCCAUCCAGUGUCUGGAGACCACCUUUAAGAUCAGCGCCAGCGACUGCCACCUGGUGGCGCCGCAGCCCCUCAUGGAGGUCUUCCUCAACUCGCUGCUCAAGAACGACAACCUGAGCUUGCCGGCGACCUCGCCCUUGCCCGAAGACGCCGAACGAGCUGAGCAGCUAAAGAACGAAGGGAACAACCACAUGAAGGAGGAGAACUAUCGAUGCGCGGUGGAGUGCUACACCAAGGCCAUAGACCUGGAGCAGAGGAACGCCGUCUACUACUGCAACAGGGCGGCCGCUCACAGUAAGCUGGGCCACUACACGGAGGCGACGGACGACUGCGAGCGAGCCAUCGGGAUCGAUCCCGGCUACAGCAAAGCAUACGGCAGGAUGGGCCUGGCGCUGACGGCCAUGAACAAAUACCCCGAGGCCAUUUCCUACUUCAAGAAGGCACUAGUGCUGGACCCGGACAAUGACACGUACAAGUCCAACCUGAAGGUGGCCGAGCAGAAGCAGAAGGAAGUCAGCAGUCCCAUGGCUGCCGGUUUGGGGUUCGACAUGGCCAGUUUAAUCAACAACCCCGCCUUCAUCAGCAUGGCAGCCAGUGUGAUGCAGAACCAACAAGUGCAACAACUAAUGUCAGGGAUGAUGGCCAACGCCGUGGGAGGACCGGCCGCCGGAGUGGGAGGACUUAGCGACAUUUCCAGUUUGAUUGAAGCGGGGCAGCAGUUUGCCCAGCAGAUCCAGCAGCAGAACCCCGAGCUCAUCGAGCAGUUGCGCAAUCACAUCCGGAGUCGAUCCUUCAGCGGCAGCGCCGAGGAGCACUCAUGAUGCCUCAGAGCCACACCAAACCAGACUGGAACCCCUGAGAUGAUUGACAGCUCUGAGCGAGACGCGAAAUGAGUGCAGUGGUACUUUGACUUAGUAACUCAAGGCGCCACUGAAUAGCACGUGACAUCCACUGUUGCUUUUUAGUCAUGUGACUGACACGCCUGCAUUGUGACAUUGUCAUUGCACUUUAGCGCCACUAAAUAAUAAAUGUAUGAUAAAUAUAACAAACACUUAAAAACUUUAUUUGUGUAUGUUGUACAAGUGUAAGGUUGCUCCUCCUGCAUGCUUUGAAAUCUGGUGUUUGGCAUCAGAAGCUUUAUGGAAACAAGAAAUGAGCCACUGAGAGCGAGAAUGGGCUAACUCCAUUUUUUUGGGGCAUUUUACAGGUGAUGUAAAGUUUUAAAGCUACCGCCCAAUAGCUGCCACUAAAGGUUUAGUGCGAUAGUAGUCUAAGUCCACACAUUUGUCACAUCUAUUACUGUUUAAUGAAGACAUUCACUUAGUUGUCACUUCACCAAGUUGGAAAAAAAUAUAUACUGAGUGCAAUAAUGGACUGCCCCUUAUAUGUCAAAAUUGGAACUGAACUUUGAUUUAGACCAGUAUUUAUCUGGAUUCAUUUUUGCACAUAACUGGAAAAUGACAAAACAAAUAAUUUGAGUUAGCCCACACCAGUUCUCAGCAGCUCAAAUCAGCUCUGCUGGGCCACGAAGAUGCUUCCUUCCAAUGACUCAAAAAAAUAAAAUGUCAUGAAAUCCAA